CAUAAACCCUAACCCCUGAUUUUGGAGAACACACACUCAUACACGCUGCCGGAAUCAGAGCUUGUUACAUAUAUAUUUACCAAAAUAUCCAGUUAGUAGCCAGCCUGUACCAAGAUCCAAAGGAUGUUGCUUACUGAUUCAACAAAGAAAUUAUCGUUUAACCGAAAAAUCAGCGAUGGCGAUUUGGUUAUAGUAUACGAGAAACACGACACCAUGAAGGCUGUAAAAGUAAGCGAGAAGUCUGUUCUCGAGAACCGAUUCGGUGUGUUUAAACACUCGGAUUGGAUUGGGAAACCGUUCGGCUGCAAAGUGUCUAGUCACAAGGGCGGUUUUGUUUACUUGCUGGCUCCGACACCGGAGUUAUGGACGUUAGUUUUAAGCCACAGAACUCAAAUCCUUUACAUUGCGGAUAUAAGUUUUGUGGUCAUGUAUUUAGAAUUGAUUCCCGGUUGUGUGGUGCUGGAAUCCGGGACUGGAAGUGGAUCAUUGACGACUUCGUUGGCAAGGGCGAUUGCUCCUAUGGGUCAUGUGUAUACGUUUGAUUUUCAUGAGCAGAGGGCUGAGGCUGCUAGAGCGGAUUUUGAGAAGACGGGUUUGAGUAGUUUGGUGACGGUGGGAGUUAGAGAUAUUCAGGGUGAGGGGUUUCCGAAAGAUUUGGUUGGUGUUGCAGAUGCGGUGUUUUUGGAUCUGCCGCAGCCUUGGCUUGCUAUACCGUCUGCUGGAGAAAUGUUGAAACCAGAUGGUGUUUUGUGCUCGUUCUCGCCUUGCAUUGAACAAGUACAACGUUCGUCUGAAACUCUGACAUCGAAGUUUACUGAUAUAAGAACAUUCGAGGUGCUUCUGCGCACAUAUGAAGUUCGAGAAGUGAAAAUGGAUCAAUGUCAAAGUGAAGAAGGUACUCCUGGGUCCCACCGCCCAAGCAAGAGGAAGCACCGUGCAAGUGAAGCAAGUCAUUGGCAACAAGAUAGUUCCGGUUCACCUGUUGUGAUGGCUAGACCGUCUAGCGAGGCAAGAGGUCACACCGGAUAUUUAACAUUUGCUAGACUCAGAUGUGUUGAAUGAUCUAGACUUGCUAAUUGUGGAGAGCAGUUGGUUGUUUUUGGCACAAUGUAUGUCUUGAAUGAGGCUUGAUAACUAGCACUUUGUUUUGCAUUUUUGUUGACCAAACGUGUUACAACUGACAAUAGAGACCGUUGACGUGGUUUUUUUUUAUAAGAACAUCCGUGUACUUUACUCAUCGAGAUAUUUCAGCUCAUACUGACUAAAGCUUUUGUAUAA